GAGCCGGGGGCGGAAGCGGCUGUCCGCGAGUGGCGUCCGGAGCCCAGUCUCCGCUUACCGUGUGGAGGCUGGCCGUAGACUGGGGCGCCCCUUAUUCGCAGCCUUCGGGCCCGCCCCGCGACCGCGGAGCCAGCCACGUGGUGGGCGGACCGGGGCGGUCACAAGCCCGCCACCUCGGAGGUCCCAGAGCCCCAGCUGCAGUCCGAGGCGGGCGCUGAGAGGCGGCCGAGGCCCGAGACCAGCAGAGAGCGAGCUCACCGCGCAGCGCCAUGGCCAGCAAGGGUCGCGAGGGCGAGCACCCGUCCGUGACGCUCUUUCGCCAGUACCUGCGCAUCCGCACGGUCCAUCCCGAGCCCGACUACGGGGCUGCAGGGGCCUUCCUUGAGGAGCAAGCCCACCAGCUGGGCCUGGGCUGUCAGCAUGUGGAGGUGGCGCCUGGCCGUGUGGUGACUGUGCUGACCUGGCCAGGCACCAACCCCAGACUAUGCUCCCUCCUGCUCAACUCCCACACGGAUGUGGUGCCUGUCUUCAGGGUGUGUGUGUGGAGGGGGGUGCAGGCCUUGUACACAAAGGAACACUGGAGCCAUGACCCCUUUGAGGCCUUCAAGGAUGCCAAGGGCUACAUCUAUGCCAGGGGUGCCCAGGACAUGAAGUGCGUCAGCAUCCAGUACCUGGAGGCUGUGCGCAAGCUGAAGGCUGAGGGCCACCAUUUCCCCAGAACCAUCCACAUGACCUUUGUGCCAGAUGAGGAGGUUGGGGGUCACCAAGGCAUGGAGCUGUUUGUGCAGCGGCCGGAGUUCCAGGCCCUGAGGGCUGGCUUUGCCCUCGAUGAGGGCCUGGCCAGCCUCACUGACAACUUCACUGUAUUUUACAGCGAGCGGAGCACCUGGUGGGUGCGGAUCACAAGCACUGGGAAGCCAGGCCACGGCUCACGCUUCAUCGAGGACACAGCAGCAGAGAAGCUGCACAAGGUUGUGAGCUCAGUCCUGGCUUUCCGUGAGAAGGAGAGGCAGAGGCUGCAGUCAAACCCCCACCUGAAGCAGGGGGCUGUGACGUCUGUGAAUCUGACCAAGCUGGAGGGAGGCGUGGCCUGUAAUGUGGUACCAGCCACUCUGAGCGCCAGCUUUGACUUCCGCCUAGCACCGGAUGUGGACAUGAAGGCUUUUAAGGAACAGCUGCAAGGCUGGUGCCAGGCAGCUGGCGAGGGGGUCACCUUUGAGUUUGUUCAGAAGUGGACAGAGCCCCGAGUGACAUCUACUGAUGACUCAGAUCCCUGGUGGGCAGCAUUUAGUGGGGUCUUCAAGGACAUGAAACUCGCUCUGGAGCCAGAGGUCUUCCCCGCUGCCACCGACAGCCGCUACCUGCGCGCAGUGGGGGUCCCGGCUCUGGGCUUCUCACCCAUGAACAACACACCUGUGCUGCUGCACGACCAUGAUGAGCGGCUGCAUGAGGCUGUGUUCCUCCGUGGGGUGGACAUAUACGCACAGCUGCUGUCCGCCCUGGCCAGCGUGCCUGCCCUGCCCAGUGACAGCUGAGCCCCAUGCUGCCCAACCUCUACCUCCCUGGCCAGCACCAAGGUCCCCCUUCCUCCUAGCCCAACAAUAAAGUCUGUGUGGCCAGGGCCACUCCUGACGUAC